UCACGUGCAAUCAGCGCGAAAGACCGCAAAGACUAAACGGAGGAGGAAGUAGAAGUUGACAUUGAAGUACAAUCUUAGACGUCAUAACAAUGUCCAUACCAGGUUGAGGUUUGAACAGGAAAAGCAACUUUUUUCGGAGGUCAUCUACACCUCAUGACACAACACGCGGCUCCGGAGACAACAGAGGAGUGUUCCAGUGGUGAACACGGAACGAGCCGUCUGCAGCCUCCUCACAAGGACCUGACGGCCCUCGCGGUGUCCUGUCGCUUUAAAUAGCUCUGCUCUAAAGGCUCAUAGGUGGAAAGUGUUGUGACCAUUGUGUGAAAAUGUGUGCAAAGAGGACAGCAGCAAACGAGGAGGAAGUUUGGGGACCAAAAGAGGAAAAGAAACCACAAAGUCAAUGGCUGGACACUGUGUUCAAUCUGGAACCUUGUCUUGUGCUACGCACAGCAGAUGUCAGUGAAAAUCUUCAUCCAGUGUGGCAGCAUUCAGUGUACCGUCACAUCAAAGAGGAAAAGGAGGGUGAACAGGUUCAGUGCAUCAAAGAGGAGGAGGAAGCGUUCCUACACUUGAAAGAGGAAGAACAGGAGGAACUCAUCCAGGUUCCAUCCACUGGUGUCCCUUUGAAAAAAGAUGUCACUGAAAAUGUUCGAAAGUGGCAGCAGUCAGUGUCCCGUCACAUCAAAAAGGAAGCGGAGGGUGAAGAGGUGCAACGCAUCAAAGAGGAGGAGGAAGAGCUUUUACACAUGAAAAAGGAAGAGCCGGAAGAAAUCAUCCAGGUUCCAUCCACUGGUGUCCAUUUGAAGAGUAAAGAUGAAGGUCAAAGUGAAGAGAGACAAGGGGCAAAGCUUCCAACCUGGAAUAGCUCAAGUGAUAGAGACCUUUGUGAAAGAUCACAAACAGAUGGUCAUAAUGACGAUUAUGAACAGUCGGAAGGUGAUAUGACAUGUCACACUGCCAACAAAUGCUGGAAACGUUCCCAGUGUCAACAACACAUGAAUAUACAUACAGGAGACAAUUCUUGUUCCUGUGCAGUUUGUGGUCAAAGAUUUUCUCAGAAGGGAAAUUUUAAAAUGUACACAAGAACACACCCUGGUGAAAAACCGUUUUCCUGCUCAGUUUGUGGUCAAAAAUUCUAUCGGAAGGGACACUUAAAAUCACACACAAGAACCCACACUGGUGAGAAGCCUUUUUCCUGUGCAGUUUGUGGUCAAAGAUUCUCUCAGAAGGGAACCUUAAAAAGACACACAAGAGCACACACUGGUGAGAAACCUUUUUCCUGCUCAGUUUGUGGUCAAAGAUUCUCUCAAAAGGGGCACCUAAAAUCACACACAAGAACACACACUGGUGAGAAACCUUUUUCCUGUUCAGUCUGUGGUCAAAGAUUCUCUCGCCAGGGAACCUUAAAAUUACACACAAGAAGGCACACUGGUGAGAAACCCUUUUCCUGUUCAGUUUGUGGCCAAAGAUUCUCUCUGAAACAAUACUUAAAAAUACACUCAAGAGCACACACUGGUGAGAAACCUUUUUCCUGCUUAGUUUGUGGUCAAAGAUUCUUUUAUAAAUAUCAGGCUCAGACACACAAGUGUGCUGGUGAUAAUAGCAGUGACCAAGAACGUUUUCACGCAUGUGAGGAUUUAAUAAAAUAGUUACUAUGUUACUGACUUAGGAAAGUCAAGAUUCUUCUCUGUACUAGCUUCCUUUGUAUCUUGUUUUUUUUUUCUUUCCUGAAAUGUUUUAAUUUUGAAGAUGAGGGGAUUAUACUUGAGAGCUACAAAAUGUAAAUUAUGACUAAUUAAUAACACUUUUUUCCCAUAUCUGCUUUGUCAGUAGUUUUUAAUUUUCAAUUUUUGUGAUGAAGGCGGCACAGUGGAUCAGCUUGUAAAGCAUUGGCCUCACAGUUCUGAGAUCCCAGGUUCAAUCCCGGACCUGCCUGUAUGGAGUUACCUACUUACACCUUGCUCCUGUGCCCUCCUUGAAAUAUCUAAUAAUUGCACAUGUAUUUCAUCUCUUAAUUAAAAAGAAAGUGUAAAUAAUGUAAAACAUUUAAACAAUUUAAAAAAAUGUUUAUAAAAAAAAACUUCAAUAGGCAUUUCAAAAUGGCUCUGAAAAUCAUGUUCAAUAUUAAAGUGAGAAAUACC